CAAACGUCAAACUACAUGCACGUCAACAAUUGGCCGCCCAUGGUGUUCGUAGGUCAUGGUUUAUGGUAUCAUUGUUAUUUUUAAAUCGAUCUACUAAACAACUACAUGUGAAUUAGUGUGUUUGUAGUCGCUUUUAAGCAAGUUUGGAUUUCAUUGAUGAAAUUCGCGAUAUUUCGACAUUUUUGAGAAGGAAAAAUAAAAUGCAGUACAUAUCUCAUUACGAGCAAGUCUACAAAGCAUUUAGUGGCAACGAUGAAAAAGGUCUUGAAGCUCUAUUGUCCAAAGAAAAUAAAAAUUCCUUUAGUGAAUCUCUACUUCAUACGGCUCUUAAACGAAAUCAUUUUUCUUUCUUGCAAUUCCUGCUGGAGCAUGGUACUGAUGUAAAUGUAGUGUACUAUGGUCAAAGUUUCCUUGAAGUUGCUAUUAUUAAACAAAUUUCAAGCAUCGUUAAAUGCAUUUUAAAUCAGGGGGCUGAUGUGAAUGUUCAAACAACAAUUAGUAUAAAUGGACUUAUAUAUGAAGGCUAUACACUGCUUCAUAAGGCCGUAGAAGUUGGAAACACAAAGGUUAUAAAAUUACUUUUGGACAACGGUAUGGAUGUUAAUUUUAAAUAUAAAAGCGAGAAAGGUCUAGAAAUAUCCGAGACGGAAAAAACAAAAUGCUGUAAAUUAUCAAGAGAUGAAAACAAAAUUCAAUCUCCUACUAAUUGUUAUUUACGGGUCGACGAUGAGCGUUGUAAAUCUGUUUAUAGUCGAAAUUUGACUGUUUUAGAAUUAGCUAUUGUCUACAAUUACUGUAGAAAUGGGGAAAUAAUUAAGUUGCUUUUGGAAAAUGGCGCUGCUCUUGAUAUUGAAAGUGAUCAGGUGUACCCACUUCAUCUUGCUAUUAUUGAAAAUGCUAAUUUAUUAGUAAUAGAAAAAUUAAUUGAGCACGGUGCUAAGAUCAACUCAGUCUGCGCGAUAAAUAAAUACACACCCCUUUCUCAUGCAGUAGCAACAACAAGUAAUGUAAACAUUAUUUCUUAUUUGUUAAAGAAAGGUGCAACCUUCAACUUAAAUAGCAUCAAUUGUGUUCUUCGUGAUUUUAUAUCCAAAUAUCUUUGGAUGGAAGAACAUUUUUUACUACUCAUAGAUUCUGGUGCUAAUAUCAAUUCGAGAAAUGAAAGGGGCCAAACACCUUUGCAUCUUGCUGUUGAAUUAGCGUCUGUACUUUGUCAUAAAGAUAAAUUAAAACUUCUUGCAGAUUAUGGUUCGGAGAUAACUGUGCAAGAUGAAGACGGAAAUACUCCUCUUCAUUUGGCAGUUAAAAAAGGAAAUCAGAAAGGUGUUGAAAUUUUACUAGAAUAUGAGGCUGAUCUUACCUUUUUAAAUGCAGAGGGACAUACGCCUUUAGGUAUAUUAAAUAGAACCCGAUGUGAAGAAAUCAAUUAUGAUAGAAUUGAAUCAGUCAUUAAAUCUGAUUAUUAUGUUUCUUAUUUUUACGGUAACAGAUUUUCACACUUCGAAAAAAUCGCAUGUAUGAUAAUUGGGACAAUUGUUACAAAUGUAGAGGCAGGAAAAUAUACGAACGAGGAUUUUUAUUUUAUUAGAAGUGAACUGCGAUUUUUCUACGAUUGUCUUAAAAUUGAGCUUGAAAAAAUGAAAUUGAAAAAAGUGAGAGUCAAUAUUUCUUACUGUGAUAUUUUGACGAAAUCUGUUGGCGUGCUAGAAAUCUAUUUGAAUAAAAAGAUAAUAGAAAGUAUUCAAAGCUCCGCUAUUGAAAAGGAAUUUCCAUUUUAUGGUGACAUGCUUAGAAUGCGUAUUAGAAAGAUUAAAGAGAGGCAUGUUUUGGUAGAGUUUUGUGAACAGUGUUUUAAAAUCCUUUUUCAGUUAGAGAAAGAGCCGCCAAUUUUAGUUACAGCCAAAAUUAUUAGCUAUCUAAGUUCGGUAGAUUUGAUAACCUUAUGGAGAGUUUUUAAACGAGCAGAAGAAUCUUUAUCGAAAUUCUUAAAGCGGCCUGAGGCAAUGAGCUAACUCCAGUACAUUUAUUUAUAAUAGUGAAUAUUUUGAUAGCCA